CAACUACAUCGGAAUUUCACCGACUUUGAAAUUGGAUUUAUUUUUGGCCGAAAGGCUCUGAAAUUGGAUUUGUUGGUGUUAUGCGUAGCUGGGUAGAGACCGAGAGGCAGACAGAGUAAGAAGGAGAAAGAAGAAGAGAGAGAUAGAGAGAGAUGGAGAGCGUGGUGAGAGAAAGCAAAGAGGUGAGAAGGGAAGGCAUGGAAAGCAUAGCGGAGAGAUUGUCGUUAAUGGAGGACCUCUACUUCCCUCGAGCCCUCCUUUCCUUCGCCACCAACCCUCCCCAACGCAAGUCCCUCCUCCUCGACCUCCUCCACCGCGACGUUGCCGUUUUCUUGGAACGCUACGGUUCAAAAUUGACCUCUGAUGAGCUCCGGGAAUUCGAUAUUCUCAAUGACAAUUAUGAGAUUAAUUGGCAUUUGAAGCAUCUAAGAAGCAUAAUGAGUCCGACAUCGGACGAGUUGCGUUCGAGGUCAGUAACGGUUAAAAACAGGAGACGUGCUUACCUGGAUAAGCUGAUAUUUGAUGGGCAAUACUUCUCUGAGGAUGCAAUGAGGGAUAGAGAACCAUAUUUGCAUCAUGAGUAUGUGGGGAAAUUUCAGGAUUUGAGUGGGAGGAGUAUGGCUAGACCAGGGGAGAGGUGGUCAGAGACUUUGUUGAGGAGGUCAGAAGAAGCUAUUUUGAUAUCGAAGAUUAGAGGAGAGCAACAGAGGUUGGGUGUGGAUGAGAGGGAAUGGGUUGGUGGUGAAAGACAUCAAGAAGAAGAAGAGGAAGAGGAAGAGGAAGAGGAAGAGGAAGAGGAAGAGGAGGAGGAGGAAGAAACUAGGGAGGCAAAUGGAGGUGCAGACUCUGCAAAGAUACUCUCAGAACAUCCCGAUGGAACCAAUGGUACCCAGUCCACCAUGGCAGGAAGGUGCGAGGAAACAACUUUAUCUGCUGCGGAGUUGCAAGAUCAGAUGGAUCAGUUUACCUACAUAAUGCAUGAGAAGUUUCUUUUUGGGGAAGACCAUGAACAUAUAGACUACUCAAAAAUAGACAAUGACGAGACCUUAGAUGACCACUGGCUGAGGCAAGCCAACAAUGAUGCAGAGGAAAAGUACUUCGAUGAAGAUUAAGAAGAUCUCAAGCUUCAUUUUGAUAUUUGCGGCAAUACUCGUAUGUUCAACAGUCUUAUGAUUACAACUAUAUAACAUACUGGGUUCUGUGUAAAUGUUAUUUGACCAGCGGUUUGUUUUAGUUGCUUGCUUGGUCUUUAGUUAAACGUCCAUCCCAAGAAUUUGAGGGAACCAUUUGGGAUGGCUUAUAUGUUGUGCCAUAUGCCUGUAAACAUGUAGCUUUUAAGUGCUAGUCUAAUUGAAGAUUGAGGCUUGAACCAGAAGGUUUCAAAUCGGAUUUUCGUUGUCUUCUUAGUGACAUAUAAUAAUUUUUUAUUCUCA